AUCUCCCACUUGGACAUCCGACCCAUUCCUUCAAGCGAGUCAGGUAUAAUCCUCACUCUCCCCCUCCUCGCUGCGAUGUCCGACAAACAGCUCAACACCCUCAUCGCGCACUAUCUCGCGACCCACGCCCGACCAGCUCUCCACCCAUUCCUCGCGGCCUCCGACACGCCCGCGCCCGACCUCUCUAAUCCGCCGAAUCCAGACCUCCUCACACUAGUCACAGAUGCGCGAGCAGCGCAGCUCGCGUCCCAGCUGAAUAACAUUCACAUAGCGCCGGUCGAUGACCUCAAAGCGCUCCUAGCCGAGCCCCUCCCAUCCUCAGACAAGCUCAGGUCCGACCGCGCCUUCGAGCACAUCACCGACGGCAACCUCACCGCUGUCGCGGUCGCUGACCUCCCUCGGCGGUCCUUCAACACCGCUACGGCAGAAUAUGAGACACGACACGCGCGCAGCAUCGUCGUAGGCGGCGCGGACCGCACGAUUCGCAUCGUCGACUGGGAGUCCGGCGAGGUCGUGCAGAUGCUCCAAGGGAAGGCGCCGGUGCUCUGCCUUGCGAUCCACCCCAAAAAUUCCCGCUACGUCGUGAGCGGUGGGAUGGACGGCGCCUUGAUGCUGUGGGACACGGUGACGCACACCGCGCUCCAGACCUUCAGCGGGGCAAAGUUCGUCGUCCGCGUGUCCUUCUCGAAGGACGGGAGGUGGCUCGCGGCCGCGAGUUACGACAAGAGUGUUAGCGUGUACGAGGCCCUGGGCGCAGCCCAGCACACGGAGACGGGGGACGAGGACGCCGACGCGUGGCUGCAUGCCCUCGACCCGAAUGAUGACGCGGACGCUGCGGCGGACCCCGAGCUGCGGUACGAGCUGAAGAAGCGCGUCGUUACACAGGGCAACCCCGAGGCAUUGCUCUUCCAUCCCGCCUCAAGCUGGCUGAUGUACACUCAGCGCGAGAGCCCCGAGCUGCACUACCUUGGCCUUCCGAGCUCUCCGUCGACCGAGGGUUGGGAGUGGCCGACACGCACAAAGAGCUUCAACGCCCACGCUCUCGACACGCACGUCUCGUUUGCCGUGCUCGACCUCGCGCUGCAUCCCUCCGGCCGGCUGAUCGGAGCGAUUACCGGCGACCACGCAGGGCCAGGUGCCGAGCGCAUCCUGUUGUACGGCGUCGAACCUGAUGAAACGGAGCGCCUUGCAUGCCUAUGGACGCGCAGUGAGCCGGACGCUUUCGUGUUGCCACGGCUUGCUUUCCUCCCCAGUGGGAAAGGCAUCGUCACGACAAACGCGAACGGUGAGCUCACCCUGCUGUCUCUGCAGGGCGAGGUCAGGAACAAGUUGAAGGUACACGCUGCGAGGGCAGGUGUUGCGGGCACCAGCGACGUUGUUCGCGACCUUGCAGUCGUCCCGCUUGGAGAUGAGGGCGGGUGGGAAGUUGUCAGUGUUGGAUACGACCGCACUAUCCAGAUGACGCUCGGUCGCAAAUAGCAUGAGUGGACUGUAGCCUAUGUACGCAACGCAUUGUGGUUCUGAAGUCAUCCAUCUUCUACUCCGCCCGC